AUGAAAUUAAUGAAAGUAUUGGGGUAUUUAAAUGUCAUCACAAAUUGCUUUAAUGGCUUAUUAUGCAAAGCGGAAAAAAGGAAAUAUAAUGUGUUUACGAACAGCUUCAUUUACUCUAUAAGCACGACGAACUUGUAUUCAUUUACGGCCAUGAUGAGUAAGUCCCCGGAGUGGGCACAGGAAAAGUGCCCGGAACAUAAGAGUUACAACAUUAUUGAGAAGAGGUUUAGUGACAAGUUCAAAAUGACAUACACGGUGUAUGAGCACAAGAAGGCGAAAACGCAAGUCAUAGCAUUGGGAUCGAACGACCCGUUGGAUGUAGAACAGACGUUUGCCUUCUACGUGAAAACGUUAACCCAUUCGGGGAAGGGAAUUCCCCACAUUUUGGAGCACACCGUUUUGUCUGGUUCGAAAAACUUCAAUUAUAAGGAUUCCAUGGGUCUGCUGGAAAAAGGGACGCUAAAUACGCACCUGAAUGCAUACACAUUUAAUGACCGAACUGUGUAUAUGGCUGGAUCGAUGAACAAUCGAGAUUUUUUCAAUAUCAUGGCUGUUUACAUGGAUAGCGUGUUCCAACCGAAUGUACUGGAAAAUAAAUUUAUUUUCCAAACGGAAGGAUGGACAUACGAAGUGGAGAAGCUGAAGGAGGAAGAGAAAAAUGCAGAUGUUCCAAAAAUUAAGGAUUACAAAGUUUCGUACAAUGGUAUUGUUUAUAGCGAGAUGAAAGGAUCGUUUAGUAGCCCCCUACAACAUUUAUACUACGUUAUAAUGAAAAAUACCUUUCCAGAUAAUGUGCACUCCAAUAUCAGUGGUGGAGACCCGAAGGAGAUCCCUACCUUGACCUACGAAGAGUUUAAAGAAUUCUACUACAAGAAUUAUAACCCUAAGAAGAUUAAGGUCAUCUUUUUCAGCAAGAAUAACCCCACCGAGUUGUUAAAUUUUGUCGACGAUUAUCUAAAUCAGUUAGAUUAUACCAAGUAUAGAGACGACGCUGUGGAAAAUGUAAAAUAUCAGGAGUACAGAAAAGGGCCCUUCUACGUGAGGAAGAAAUUUGCUGACCAUUCUGAGGAGAAGGAAAAUUUGGUUUCCGUUUCGUGGUUGUUAAAUCCGAAGAAAAACGACCUUCUAGAUGUAGAUCUCAGUUUGGAAUCCCCGCAAGAUUAUUUCGCCCUGCUGAUCAUAAACAAUUUACUUACUCAUACAACUGAGAGUGUUCUGUACAAGGCGUUAAUCGAUUGUGGUUUGGGAAACACCGUCAUAGAUACCGGCCUGGACGACAGCCUCGUGCAGUUCAUUUUUAGCAUCGGCCUCAAAGGAAUAAAAGAAAAGAAUGAAAAGAAUAUAAGUCUGGACAAAGUACAUUACGAGGUGGAAAAGGUCGUUUUGAAUGCGUUGCAAAAAGUGGUAGAUGAAGGGUUUAACAAAUCUGCCGUUGAAGCUUCGAUAAAUAACAUAGAGUUUGUGUUGAAGGAGGCAAACUUGAAAACGUCCAAAAGUAUAGACUACAUUUUUGAGAUGGCGUCUCGGCUAAAUUAUAAUAGGGACCCACUUCUCAUUUUCGAAUUUGAAAAGCACUUGAAUGUGGUUAAGGAUAAGAUAAAGAAUGAGCCAAAAUAUUUGGAAAAAUUUAUCGAGAAGCAUUUCAUUAAUAAUUACCACAGAACAGUUAUUCUCAUGGAGGGUGAUGAGAAUUAUGGAAAGGAGCAGGAAGAUUUAGAAAAAGAAUCCUUAAAGAAAAAAAUUGAAAGCUUAACCGAAAAAGAAAGGGAUGAUAUUAUCGUCGAUUUUGAAAAUUUAACAAAGUACAAAAAUACAGUAGAAUCUCCUGAACAUUUGGAUAAUUUCCCCAUAAUAAGCAUCUCCGAUUUGAAUAAAGAAACAUUGGAAAUUCCUGCGAAUGCUUACUUUACCACCAUCUCUGAGGAAAACAAUAUGGGUAAGUAUAACCAAGUUAAGGCGAACCAAGAUGUGUUGAAGAAAAACAUGGACCACUUGAUUAACAAGUAUGUUUUGAAAGGUUCCCAAGGGGAGGCAAUCACUAACGGUGAUAUAAAAAAGGGUGAUCAGUCCAACGGGGAAAUACCUAUGCUGAUUUACGAAAUGCCAACGAGUGGAAUUCUCUACCUGCAGUUCAUCUUUAGUCUUGACCACCUAACGUUGGAGGAGUUAAGCUACCUGAACUUGUUCAAAAUGCUCAUUCUGGAGAAUAAGACAACCAAGAGAUCAUCCGAAGAGUUUGUCAUUUUGAGGGAAAAAAAUAUAGGAAAUAUUAUGGCAAAUGUUGCCUUGUAUUCCCUCAGCGAUCAUCUAAAAGUUACCAGCAAGUAUAAUGCCCAUGGGUUGUUCAACUUUGAAAUGCAUGUGCUAAGUCAUAAGUGCAAUGAAGCGCUGGAGAUAGCUUUAGAAGCAAUUAAAGAUUCUGACUUUUCUAACAAGAAAAAGAUAAUAGAAAUUUUGAAGCGAAAAAUCAAUGGAAUGAAAACUGUAUUUAGCUCGAAAGGAUAUUCCUUGUUGUUAAAAUAUGUCAAGUCCCAAAUGAACGCCAAGUACUACGCACAUGAUUUGGUCUUUGGGUAUGGAAACUACCUUAAACUGCAAGAACAGUUGAAGUUGGCUGAAACGGAUUUUCCCAAAUUUGAGCAAAUUUUAAAUAGGAUAAGAGAUAAAAUAUUCACGAAGAAGAACUUACUUGUCAGCGUAACGUCAGACUCCGCCGCGUUGGAUGAACUUUUCGUCAAAUCGAAAGAUUCAUUUAAGAAUCUACUACAUUACCUGGAAGAGAAUGACGCCAAGAACAGUGCAUUGGAAACCAUCGGAUGGAAUGAAGAAAUAAAACAAAGCAAAGUUAUAGAAAAGGAACAAAAGAAAAAAGAAUUCUUUGUCAUCCCAACAUAUGUGAAUGCUGUUUCUAUGGCUGGAAUGUUGUUUAAUGAAAAGGAAUUUUUAGACCCCUCCUUUAUCGUUAUCGUAGCUGCCCUGAAAAAUUCCUACCUAUGGGAAACAGUUAGAGGUUUAAAUGGUGCCUACGGAGUUUUUGCAGAUAUUGAGUAUGACGGUGCGGUUGUAUUCUUAUCGGCUAGGGAUCCCAAUUUGGAAAAAACUCUUCAAACGUUUAAAGAAUCUGCACAGGGGUUAAGAAAAAUGGCAGAUACCAUGACGAAAAAUGAUCUACGCAGAUACAUUAUCAACGCUAUUGGAAAUAUUGACAAACCGAGAAGGGGAGUUGAACUUAGCAAAUUGUCUCUUCUUAGAAUUAUCUCAAAUGAGACGAAACAGGAUCGAAUUGAUUUUAGAAAAAGAAUCAUGGAAACGAGUAAGGAAGACUUUUACAAAUUUGCCGAUUUGCUAGAGAAGAAAAUUAACGAAUUUGAAAAAAAUAUUGUCAUCAUUACGAGCAAGGAAAAGGCCAAUGGAUACUCCACCAACGUCGACCAGGAGUUCAAGCAAAUUCACAUCGAGUAA